GGCUCCUUUGAAAUCAUUGCCGUAAUAGAGUUGUCAGAAGGUUAACUUUCUAUACUACACGUGAGGCUCUGCUCUAGCUUUUGGCCUGAACUGAAGCUGAAAGUACUGUAGAUCUAUAUCUCUGGUUCAAAGGUGGAUAUGGAAAAUCAAGGUGAUGGUGAUUUUGAAGUGACGGCUGAGAUGCUGAUCCAUGGUGAUCUUGACGAUGAGAGCACCCUCUCUGACGAGGAGGACGUUGACGAGGGAGAGAGUGACGAGCUGGAUGAGCUGCAGAAUGAAGGGGAGCUGCCGUUGGAGAUGUUGCUGGCUCGUUACGGAUACGGGGGUGGUCCGUCUGGUGUAAAAAGUGUACUUAGUGACUCUAGUGACUCUGGUGAUGAAGUGGGGGGUGGUCCUCGCAAGGCUGUGGUGGGUGGAGCUAGUGAUGGUGCAGGACCCAGUACUAGCCGUGUGUCUGAUAAGACCAAUGACUUACCGGAUGUUAAAUUGGAAACGGCCUCAGGUCAAGAUGUACAUGUAGAUAACGAUACCCCUCAAGCGAACGCUAACUCAUCACCCAAGAAAGAUGAAAUUUCAAACAAUCAUUCGUUGCACCAGAAAGACAAAACUCAGGAAAACAAAACUAAUUCCGUGGAAUCGCACCCACUACCAGUGAAUUCUGACCCUGAGCUGAAGGCAGGAAAGGUUGAAAGGUCGUCGCUGGGGAAGAGACGAGGGGACCCUGUAAUUAAAGACGUGAUGCUCACCAGUAAACGCCGUGCUCUAUUGACAGACACUAACGAAGCAACAAGCUCCUCCCACUGGAUACGCAGUGGUCGCCUGCGGAGGGACCUCCCUGAGCGACGAGCAGCCCGUCAUGUGACCGAGGGCAGCAUGGUGGAAGCGUACUUCUCCACUCUCAUGGAGGACUCUGGCGGGAGUGACGAUGAAUUUAGGCCUCUGCUCAGGGAAGAUUGGAAACAGGACAUCAAGGUGGGAGCUCAGUAUCAAGCCAAUGUGCCCGAAUGUCGUCAAAGUGUAGCCCCGCCUACUCCCUAUAAGGCCACACCCACUGGAGUACUCAAAUGGCGACCCAGGGAAUCAAGUGAUCAGACAGUGACCAAGUUUCUGACUGGCUUAUCCCAGAUUGAGUCCACUGCUCACUAUGACUCAGAGAGGGACAACGAAGAGGCUCUGGAGGUGCUUGAGAAGUGCAACCAUGACGUGCCCACUGCAAUGGAGAAGGUCUUCAGUCAAGGGUUGCCCAAAAGAGUAAUGGAGCCAUGGUCUGAAACCGAAUGUCAGAGUUUUGAAGAAGGCCUACGGACAUACGGCAAGAACUUUUAUCGAAUACAAAAGCAGGUUCCCACUCGACCGGUGAAAGAGCUAAUUGAGUUUUACUACAUUUGGAAAAAGAGUGAAAGAAACGAUCUAUUUGUACAGCAGUACGGAAAGAUCGGAAAGAAAAAAGUCAAUGUGCCAGCAGGACACAUCUCUGACUUUAUGAACAAGUGUCUGGAUGUGUACAACUCCGAUUCUCCAGACGUGCAUUAUGCUGCUACCACUAUAAGUGCCGAGUCAAAACGGGACAACACAUGAAUCCACAGACUCGUCAGUUUUUUUUUUGUUUUUAUCUUUCCAUUCACCAAUAUAGCAUUACAAAAUCUCUAGUUUUAUUAUAUAAUUAUGAUUGAAUAUUUAUCAUUC